UCCCAUUUCCUGAACUUCAUCCACCACAACAUCCUCACCAUGUCCGUCCCCGCCUUCACCACCGCCCUCUCGGCCGCCCAGUCCAAGGCCCAGUACACCCCCGCCGUGCAGGCCGCCGCCGACAAGGUCAACGCCGACGCCUUCUCCGCCGCCGUCGAGAUCGUCCUGGCCGGCGACGACAGCGCCUCCGUCGAGGGCGAGCAGGCCGCCGCCCUGCAGAGCGCCUUCGAGUUCGCCACCCUGCUCGUCAAGCAGCUGGCGUCCGAGCCGGGGCAGACCGAGAUGUUGACUCUUUACAAGUACUUCAAGCGCUCGAGAAACGAGGAGCCUGCCCAGCCUUCGUUCUACCAGUUGGAGUCCAAGUACAAGUACAACGCCUGGAAGGAGAUCAGCCACAUCAGCCAGCAGCGCGCUCAGGCCAACUACAUCAAGGAGGUCAACGCCCUCAUCGAGAAGUACGGUACCCAGUAGAGGAACGAAGCGUGACUGAACAUACUACUUGUUGGUUGUGGGAACUCUGGGACUUCUUGCUAUCUGCUUUGGGUUCUCCUCUUUUUUUUUUUUUUUUUCUU